UCGGUCUCGGGAGAUAUCGGCUCUCGUUGCCUGGGCCAGCAUUAGCGUCGGUUCCGCUUUUUAUUUUUUGUUAUUUUCUCCUGCUAAAAACGCAACCAGCCAAACAAAUCGUCCGAGCGUCUCCGCUCGCUUCUUCCCGCUUACAAGAGCCCUUUUGCUCGCUAUUUUUUCAUCCCCUUCCCUUCCCUCUCUUCUCUUCUUCCCUUCCUUCUCCAUCCCCUUUUGAAGUGUUCGUCUUUUCUCGACACUCUUUCUCUCUCUUUCCAUCUCCUCUCUACCCUUUUCUUUAGUUUUCUUUCACAGCCGUCAACAUGUCUGGCAAGGGUGAUGUUAACCAGGCCGAGAAGACCGUCUUCGGCAUGCCGGGAUUCGUCGUCGACUUCAUGAUGGGUGGUGUCUCCGCCGCUGUCUCUAAGACCGCUGCUGCCCCCAUCGAGCGUAUCAAGCUGCUCGUCCAGAACCAGGAUGAGAUGAUCCGCGCCGGUCGUCUCGACCGCAAGUACAACGGUAUCGUCGACUGCUUCCGCCGUACCGCUGCCGCUGAGGGUGUCGCCUCCAUGUGGAGAGGUAACACCGCCAACGUCAUCCGUUACUUCCCUACCCAGGCUCUCAACUUUGCCUUCCGUGACACCUACAAGUCUAUGUUCUCCUACAAGAAGGAGCGUGACGGAUACGCCAAGUGGAUGAUGGGUAACCUUGCCUCCGGUGGUGCUGCUGGUGCCACUUCCCUCCUCUUCGUCUACUCUCUCGACUACGCCCGUACCCGUCUUGCCAACGACGCCAAGUCCGCCAAGGGUGGUGGUGAGCGUCAGUUCAACGGUCUCGUUGACGUCUACCGUAAGACCCUCGCCUCCGACGGUCUUGCCGGUCUCUACCGUGGAUUCGGUCCCUCCGUUCUCGGAAUCGUCGUCUACCGUGGUCUCUACUUCGGCAUGUACGACUCCAUCAAGCCUGUUCUCCUCGUUGGCUCUCUCGAGGGUAACUUCCUUGCUUCCUUCUUGCUCGGCUGGACCGUCACCACUGGUGCUGGUAUCGCCUCUUACCCUCUUGACACCGUCCGUCGUCGUAUGAUGAUGACCUCUGGUGAGGCCGUCAAGUACUCUUCUUCCCUCGACGCUGCCCGCCAGAUCGUCGCCAAGGAGGGUACCAAGUCUCUCUUCAAGGGUGCCGGUGCUAACAUCCUCCGUGGUGUCGCCGGUGCUGGUGUCCUGUCCAUCUACGACCAGGUCCAGCUCAUCCUCUUCGGUAAGAAGUUCAAGUAAACGAUUGAUUAAGUUCAAAUCGUUUGAUGUCGAUUCGGCUUUGGGGAAGGGGGUGGCCAAUGGCUGGCGUAACUGCCAGCUGUUGAGCAAUGUUGUGGAAGACUAUAGAUGCAUCAAAAUCGGGAUUUGAUUUUGGUGUAAAGAGCAGUGUG